AAAUUUCUACACACCGAUAUUGACACUGCUAGUACUUUUUGUUUUCAAUGUUGUCAUUACUCACAAAUUCAUUUUGUGUAUCAAAAUACUCAUUCGACUAAUAUAAGUUAUCAGUGAAUUGUGAUUUCGUGGGCGUACCUACAAUGUCGAUUCAGGACAUCGAAGCCGUCGAUGAUUUUUUCACAUUUCAUUCGAUACUCGAAGGAAAUUCCAAUUACCAAAUUCAAUUGGAACUGGAGAGUCGGAUCCGAAGCCAUGACAAGGACAUCGAAAGAAUAUGUAAUCUGUACUAUCAAGGAUUCAUCGAUUCGAUCCGAGAAUUGCUUCACGUCCGAUCACAAGCGAAAAGUUUGAACGAAGAAGUGUUGUCACUGGACGUUGCGCUCAACCAAGAAUCGUCGGGUGUACUGUCCAAAGGAAAAGAUCUGGUUCGGGCCCGUCAAAUUGAGGGAAACAUUGCGAAUGCCAUCGACGGAUUGAGUUGUUGUCUACCCGUUCUGGAGUGUUAUACGAAAUUACUGCGCCAAGUCAAAGACAAGCGAUACUAUCCGGCACUGAAAACGUUGGAACAUUUAGAGAAUGAGCAAUUGCCGAAGGUGGAGAAUUUCCGGUUUACCGCACAAAUGAAAGAGGCUGUACCGAAGCUGAAGGAGAACAUCAAGAAAUCGUCCGAGGCCGAUUUUCGAGAGUUUCUGGAAAAUAUUCGCAAAUUUUCACCCAAAAUCGGAGAGGUUGCUAUGCGACACACCAAACAGGUGCAGAAACGGGACCUUCGUACCAUCAUCGAAGAACAUCAAAUUAGCACGACAAGUGAUUAUGCUGUCGAUGAAGAGGACCUCAGCGCCCAGGACCUAAUUGACUUUUCGCCAAUCUACCGAUGUCUGCAAAUCUACACCGUGCUCAACGAUAAAGAAUACUUCGAAAAGGAUUAUCGGAAGCAGCGACGUGAUCAAGCAAAAUUGGUUCUUCAAGCACCGCAGAAUAUGCACGACAAUUUGGACGCAUACAAAAAUUACAUUUACUCGAUCGUCGGAUUUUUCAUCGUCGAAGAUCAUGUGAUGAACACAGCCGGUGAUGUUGUGAUACGUUCGUACUUGGAUGAUCUAUGGUCAACGUCCCUGCAACGGGCUGUAAAUGUACUCAGUAUGAGUUCGUCAUCAUGCACGGAUCCCAAUGUUUUGCUUAGAAUUAAAAAUUUGAUUAUGCUGUCGAUAACGACGUUAAAAAUUUACGGCUACACAGUCACACAAUUGUGGGACCUGUUGCUGGAGAUGAGAGACCAUUACAAUGAAGUGUUGCUGCAGCGAUGGGUCAACGAAUUUCGAGACUUGUUGGACAAGGGCGACUUUCUGCAAUUGCAGGUGAACAAUCAAGAAGAAUAUGACGCAAUACUCGAACGAUUCCCGUUCCACUCGGAACAAUUGGAAAAUCAACCAUUUCCGAAAAAAUUCCCGUUCUCGAAAAUGGUACCCGAGGUCUAUCACCAAGCCAAGGAAUUCAUGUAUGCGUGCAUGAAAUUCUCGGAGGAGCUAACACUGUCGCCGAGCGAAGUGGCUGCAAUGGUACGAAAAGCAGCGAACUUAUUAUUGACUAGAAGUUUCAGCGGUUGUUUAUCGGCCGUAUUUCGCAAUCCCAGUCUGGCACUGAUGCAAGUCAUACAGAUCAUCAUCGACACACAGUAUUUGGAGAAAGCCGGUCCGUUUCUCGAUGAUUUUGUGUGUAAAAUGACCGGUACGCAACAAGAAAUCAAGCAAGCACCUUCAGCGAUGUUCCAAGCGGCACGCUCUGAAGCUGAAAUGCAAGUGUCGGCCAAACUCUGUUCGAAAUUGGAUGACUUUUUCGAAGAAUUGGAAAGUUAUGACUGGCUACUGGUCGAACCAAUCGGUCACGCAUCUUCGUUCAUCACCGAUAUGAUCGCCUUUCUUCAGAGCACAUUUCAAAGUUUCUCGUAUUUGCUGCCGGGUGUUGCACAGGCUGCGUGCAAAAAGGCUUGUGAACACAUAGCUGGUUCGUUUUAUAAAUUGCUGCUCAGCGAUGACGUUAAACAAAUCUCGACCGGUGCCUUGCAGCAAAUAAGCUUGGACUUAAUGCAAUGCGAAGUGUUUGCCGGUACGGAUCCAGUACCGGGUCUGAAAGACGGCGAAGCGUUGCGCUAUUUUGCCGAGGUGCGUCAAUUGUUGGACUUGCUGAUACUGGAAGAAUGGAGCACAUACUUGCACGAUUACGGAAAAUCGGAGAAUCGGUACAAUUUGUUGCAACCAUCGACCAUUAUUAUCGUGUUGGAGAAAGUUCGCGAAGCGGAUAAAAAGACAAUGUUUUCGGUGCUGAAGAAAUCGGAACGAGACAAAAAGAAAUUAUGGGAAACUGUUCUGAAGCAGCUGAAACAGUUGGCGGAAAGACAGAACUAGGUAUAUCAAUCAAUUGUGUAAAAAUGUGCGAGAAAAUAACAGAAUAAAGAAAUAAAACUAAUUUCAUCUAACCUGA